GAAGUCGGUUUGUUCGCUGAACAACUUAACUAGCUUUGAAUUACUGUGCCAGCUAUUAGGGUACAGUCGAGGCCUAGUACAGGCUACUGGCACGACGAGUUUAUAUAACUACAAUAUCUCUGUGAAAAUAGCAUACUUAACUUAAAAGCUUUAACCCAUUCUGACGGUAAUUUCAGAAUUUAUUAGCAGAUAAAUGCCCGGGCAGCUGACGCUGAUAUACGUUUCACUGCUCCUCCGGUUCUGCCAUGCACGUAGGCCUCAAAGCCUUUCACAAUAUUUUGUGUUGUCAGUGGAUGGUAAAUACUGCCCUGCAUGAGAGUAAAACUAGAGCAUUCCAAGUUUACUGCAGUUUAUAACGGAAUUCCAUCUAUGAUGCUGAACUUGAUUUUAAACUGAAGGACUCUACCUAGCACCGGGAGCCACUGAUCGGAAAUCUGAUUUGGAAGCCUACGUUUUUCACACCUUUUGGGGGGGGGGAGCAGAAGUAACCUAUCACUGAAGUGACUAAAGGGGAAUAAUGGUGAUUUUGCGCCGUGCUCGGCCGCCUGCUUCCGCCCCAACCAGCAAUGAAUCUUGACUCGCUCUCGCUGGCUUUGUCUCAAAUCAGCUAUCUGGUGGACAAUUUAACAAAGAAAAACUACCGAGCCAGCCAGCAAGAAAUACAGCAUAUUGUAAAUCGUCACGGUCCUGAGGCAGACAGGCAUCUACUACGCUGUCUCUUCUCCCAUGUGGAUUUCAGUGGCGAUGGUAAAAGCAGUGGCAAGGACUUUCACCAGACACAGUUUUUGAUCCAGGAGUGUGUGUCGCUGAUAUCAAAGCCAAACUUUAUCUCUACUCUGUGUUACACCAUUGACAAUCCCCUACACUACCAGAAGAGUUUGAAGCCAUCGGCCCACUUAUUCACUCAACUGAGUAAAGUUCUUAAGCUCAGCAAAGUCCAAGAGGUGAUAUUUGGCCUUGCUUUGCUCAACUCCAGCAACGUAGACCUACGCGGCUUUGCUGCGCAGUUCAUCAAGCAGAAACUCCCGGACCUCCUGCGGUCUUACGUUGACGCUGACCUCGGAGGAAACCAGGAAGGUGGCUUCCAAGACAUUGCCAUAGAGGUCUUGCACCUACUGCUCUCCCAUCUACUGUUUGGCCAGAAGGGAGCCAGUGGGGUAGGGCAAGAGCAGAUUGACGCCUUCCUCAAGACACUUUGCCGAGAUUUCCCCCAGGAACGCUGCCCUGUGGUGCUCGCACCACUGCUGUACCCUGAAAAACGGGACAUUCUCAUGGACAGGAUCUUACCAGACUCGGGGGAGUUAGCAAAGACCAUGAUGGAGAGUUCUCUUGCAGAAUUCAUGCAAGAAGUUGGCUAUGGCUUCUGUGCUAGUGUGGACGAGUGCCGAAACAUAAUCCUCCAGUAUGGGGUGAGAGAGGUGACAGCCAGCCAGGUAGCCAGGGUCCUGGGCAUGAUGGCUCGUACCCACUCUGGCCUAACUGAUGGCAUCCCACUACAGUCCAUCUCUGCUCCAGGAAGUGGUAUCUGGAGUGACGGUAAGGAUAAGAACGAUGGCUCGCAGUCACACACAUGGAAUGUUGAGGUUCUUAUUGAUGUCGUCAAAGAAGUGAAUCCCAACCUGAACUUCAAAGAGGUGACAUACGAACUGGACCACCCAGGCUUUAUAAUCCGGGACAGUAAAGGCCUGCAAAUAGUGGUGUAUGGCAUUCAGAGGGGGUUGGGCAUGGAGGUCUUUCCAGUCGAUCUCAUCUAUCGGCCAUGGAAACACGCCGAGGGACAGCUGUCAUUCAUUCAGCACUCCCUGAUGAGCCCAGAAGUGUUUUGUUUUGCUGACUACCCUUGCCACAAUGUGGCCACUGACAUCCUUAAGGCUCCACCAGAGGAUGAUAACCGGGAGAUUGCCACAUGGAAAAGUCUGGACCUGGUGGAGAGCCUGCUUAGGCUGUCUGAGGUGGGCCAGUAUGAGCAGGUGAAACAGCUGUUUAGCUUCCCGAUCAAGCACUGCCCAGACAUGCUGGUGUUGGCAUUACUGCAGAUCUCCACCUCCUGGCACACACUGCGCCAUGAGCUCAUCUCUACCCUAAUGCCCAUCUUUCUGGGCAACCACCCCAACUCUGCCAUUAUCCUGCAUUACGCCUGGCAUGGACAGGGACAGUCUCCCUCCAUCCGUCAGCUAAUAAUGCAUUCUAUGGCUGAGUGGUACAUGAGAGGGGAGCAGUAUGACCAGGCCAAGCUGUCUCGCAUCCUGGAUGUGGCCCAGGACUUGAAGUCUCUAUCGAUGCUGCUGAAUGGUACUCCAUUUGCCUUUGUUAUUGACCUUGCUGCACUUGCCUCUCGCCGUGAAUACCUCAAACUUGAUAAAUGGCUGACUGACAAAAUCAGAGAGCAUGGGGAACCUUUUAUCCAAGCGUGUGUGACGUUCCUGAAGAGGCGCUGCCCGUCUAUUAUGGGGGGUCUGGCCCCAGACAAGGACCAGCCCAAAAGUGCCCAGCUGCCGCCAGAGACCUUAGCCACCAUGCUAGCCUGCCUGCAGUCCUGUGCUGGGAAUGUUUCCCAGGAGUUGUCUGAGACAAUACUGACCAUGGUUGCCAACUGCAGCAAUGUAAUGAAUAAAGCCCGGCAGCCGCCACCAGGGGUAAUGCCGAAGGGACGUGCCCCCAGCACCAGCAGCCUGGAUGCCAUCUCACCUGUACAGAUGGACCCUUUGUCUGGCAUGGGUUCCUUGAACUUGGGGGGCACAGCCGCCUCCCACACUCAGAGCAUGCAGGGUUUCCCAACCUCACUGAGUUCAGCUUUUAGUAAUCCCCAGUCCCCAGCAAAGGCCUUCCCACCACUCUCCAACCCCAACCCCAGCACACCAUUUGGAGGCAUUGGCAGCCUGUCCUCGCAGCUCCCUGGUAUGGACUCUGGUCCCUUGGGCUCAGGCAUCGGCUCUGGUAUUGGCUCCAGUCUGGGGAUGCCAGCAGUAAGCACCGACCCUUUUGGCACCAGGAAGAUGAGCACACCAGGCCUGAAUCCACCUACCUUUCAGCAGACUGAUCUGUCCCAGGUGUGGCCAGAGGCAAACCAGCACUUUAGUAAAGAGAUAGACGAUGAAGCAAACAGUUACUUCCAGCGCAUCUACAACCACCCACCUCACCCAACUAUGUCUGUGGAUGAAGUACUAGAGAUGCUGCAGAGGUUCAAGGAUUCAACCAUCAAGCGGGAACGAGAGGUGUUCAAUUGCAUGCUUCGGAACUUGUUUGAGGAAUACCGGUUCUUCCCCCAGUACCCAGACAAGGAGCUGCACAUCACUGCCUGCCUUUUUGGUGGAAUUAUCGAGAAGGGUCUUGUCACAUACAUGGCCCUGGGCUUGGCUCUCCGAUAUGUCCUUGAAGCCUUAAGAAAACCCUACGGAUCCAAAAUGUAUUACUUUGGAAUUGCUGCCCUAGAUAGGUUCAAAAACAGACUAAAGGACUAUCCUCAGUAUUGUCAACACCUUGCUUCAAUUGCCCACUUCUUGCAGUUUCCCCACCAUUUACAAGAGUGUGUGCAGUAUAUCGAGUAUGGCCAACAGUCACGGGACCCUCCGGUGAAGAUGCAAGGCUCCAUCACCACACCUGGCAGUCUGGCACUGGCACAAGUUCAAGCCCAGGCCCAGUCGCAGCAACCUGGUGGCCCCAAAGCCCCACAGCCAGGUCAACCAAGCACCCUCGUCACCACCACCACGACUACAACCACAGCAGCCAAGACCACCACCAUUACAAGACCAACACCCAGCAGCUUCAAGAAAGAUGUGCCUCCCUCCAUAAACACUACCAACAUUGACACCCUGCUGGUGGCCACUGACCAAACAGAAAGGAUUGUAGAGCCUCCAGAGAAUGUCCAGGAGAAGAUUGCUUUUAUCUUCAACAACCUUUCUCAGUCCAACAUGACACAGAAGGUUGAGGAGUUGAAAGAGACAGUGAAAGAGGAGUUUAUGCCCUGGGUGUCUCAGUACCUGGUGAUGAAGCGUGUCAGCAUUGAGCCCAACUUCCACAGUCUGUACUCCAACUUUCUGGACACUCUCAAGAACCCUGAGUUUGUCAAGAUGGUCCUCAAUGAGACUUACAGGAAUAUAAAGGUGCUCUUGACCUCUGACAAGGCAGCUGCCAAUUUCUCUGAUCGCUCCCUGCUGAAGAAUCUGGGCCACUGGUUGGGCAUGAUUACACUGGCCAAAAACAAGCCUAUUCUCUAUACAGAUUUGGAAGUCAAGUCUCUGCUACUGGAAGCCUAUGUGAAAGGCCAGCAGGAGCUACUUUAUGUGGUUCCCUUUGUGGCCAAAGUUUUGGAGUCCAGUCUACGGAGCAUGGUUUUCAGGCCCCAGAACCCCUGGACCAUGGCCAUCAUGAAUGUCCUUGCUGAGCUUCAUCAGGAACAUGACCUUAAGCUGAACUUAAAGUUUGAGAUUGAGGUUCUGUGUAAGAACUUGUCCCUGGACAUCAACGAGCUGAAACCAGGAAACCUGCUGAAGGACAAGGAGAAGCUAAAGAGCCUGGAGGAGCAGCUGUCUGCACCAAAGAAAGAGGCAAAGCCCCCAGAGGAGAUGCUACCAGUUUCUACCACAGGAGACUUUGUUCCAUUUGCAGCUCCUCCCUCAACCCCAGCUGCCACCACCACCACUUGCACAACCACCGGGCCCCCCACCCCACAGUUCAGUUACCACGACAUCAAUGUGUAUGCCUUGGCAGGCCUGGCUCCACACAUCAAUAUAAAUGUCAAUAUCCCUCUGCUACAGGCCCAUCCUCAGUUGAAGCAGUGUGUACGGCAAUCAGUUGAGCGAGCUGUCCAGGAGUUAGUGCAUCCCGUGGUCGAUCGCUCUAUCAAAAUCGCCAUGACAACCUGUGAGCAGAUCAUCAGGAAAGACUUUGCCCUGGAUUCGGAGGAGUCCCGCAUGCGGGUCGCUGCCCACCAUAUGAUGAGAAACCUGACCGCUGGCAUGGCAAUGAUCACAUGUCGUGAGCCCCUGCUCAUGAGUAUAGCUACCAACCUUAAGAACAGCUUUGCUGCUGCACUUAGGGCACCAACCCCCCAGCAGAGGGAAAUGAUGGAAGAGGCUGCAGCCCGGAUUGCUCAAGACAAUUGUGAAUUGGCUUGCUGCUUCAUUCAGAAAACAGCUGUGGAGAAGGCUGGCCCUGAAAUGGACAAGAGACUAGCCACGGAGUUUGAGCUGAGAAAGCACGCACGCCAAGAGGGACGGCGUUACUGUGAUCCCGUUGUUCUGACUUAUCAAGCUGAACGUAUGCCUGAGCAGAUCAGACUCAAGGUGGGAGGAGUGGACCCUAAGCAACUGGCUGUAUAUGAGGAGUUUGCCAGGAACGUUCCAGGUUUCUUACCCAGUAAUGACCUCUCACAACCCACUGGCUUCUUGGCUCAGCCCAUGAAGCAACAGGCAUGGGCCACAGAUGAUGUGGCUCAGAUCUAUGAUAAGUGCAUGGCAGACUUGGAGCAACAUCUUCAUGCUAUACCUCCUGCCCUUGCCAUGAACCCCCUUACCCAGGCCUUGCGCAGCCUGCUGGAGGCCGUGGCUUUGGCUAGGAACUCCAGGGAUGGCAUUGCCGCACUUGGCCUACUGCAGAAGGCUGUGGAAGGUCUUCUAGAUGCUACUAGCGGGGCUGAUGCUGACUUGCUGCUCCGCUACAGGGAAUGCCACCUGCUGGUGCUUAAAGCCCUUCAGGAUGGACGUGCCUAUGGACCACAGUGGUGCAAUAAGCAGAUCACCAGGUGUCUGAUUGAAUGCCGCGAUGAGUACAAAUACAACGUAGAGGCAGUGGAGCUUCUGAUCAGGAACCAUCUCGUGAAUAUGCAGCAGUAUGACUUGCACCUGGCACAGUCAAUGGAAAAUGGAUUGCACUACAUGGCAGUUGCAUUUGCCAUGCAGUUGGUGAAGCUGCUGUUGGUGGAUGAACGCAGUGUCAGCCAUGUCACAGAGGCCGACCUCUUUCACACAAUUGAGACUUUAAUGAGAACCUGUGCACACUCCAGAGCCAACGCACCUGAGGGUCUUCCCCAGCUUAUGGAUGUUGUUCGCUCAAACUAUGAAGCCAUGAUUGACCGGGCCCAUGGUGGACCCAACUUUAUGAUGCACUCGGGGAUUUCACAGGCUUCAGAAUAUGACGAUCCCCCAGGCCUGAGGGAGAAAGCAGAGUACCUCUUGAGGGAAUGGGUGAACCUGUAUCACUCAGCCGCUGCUGGCAGGGAUAGCACCAAAGCCUUCUCUGCCUUUGUUGGCCAGAUGCACCAACAGGGCAUCUUGAAGACAGAUGACCUGAUCACGAGAUUCUUCCGACUGUGCACAGAAAUGUGUGUGGAGAUAAGCUAUCGUGCGCAGGCUGAGCAGCAGCACAACCCGGCAGCCAGUGCAGCCAUCAUCAGAGCCAAGUGUUACCACAACCUGGAUGCCUUUGUUCGACUCAUAGCACUGCUGGUCAAACACUCUGGAGAGGCCACCAACACAGUGACAAAAAUCAACCUCCUCAACAAGGUGCUGGGUAUCGUAGUUGGGGUGUUGAUCCAGGACCAUGAUGUCCGUCAGACAGAAUUCCAACAGCUCCCAUACCACCGCAUUUUCAUCAUGUUGCUGUUGGAGCUCAAUGCCCCUGAGCAUGUCCUUGAGACCAUCAACUUCCAGACACUCACCGCCUUCUGCAAUACCUUCCACAUCCUGAGACCAACCAAAGCCCCCGGCUUUGUGUACGCCUGGCUGGAGCUCAUCUCCCAUCGCAUCUUCAUCGCUAGGAUGCUAGCGCACACACCGCAGCAGAAGGGUUGGCCCAUGUAUGCACAGCUGCUGAUUGAUCUCUUCAAGUACCUGGCCCCUUUCCUGAGGAAUGUAGAGCUCAACAAACCUAUGCAAAUCCUCUACAAGGGCACACUGCGAGUGCUCCUGGUCCUGCUGCAUGACUUUCCAGAGUUCCUGUGUGACUACCAUUACGGUUUCUGUGACGUUAUUCCACCCAACUGCAUCCAGCUCCGCAACCUCAUCCUGAGUGCCUUUCCACGCAACAUGAGGCUCCCUGACCCUUUCACACCCAAUCUCAAGGUGGAUAUGCUGAGUGAGAUCAACAUUGCUCCCCGAAUCCUCACCAACUUCACAGGCGUUAUGCCUUCCCAGUUCAAGAAGGAUCUGGACUCGUAUCUGAAGACCCGAUCACCAGUUACUUUCCUGUCUGAGCUGCGCAGCAACCUGCAGGUAGGAGCAGUGCCCACCUAUUUAGUCAUUGACACUGGUUGUAUUAAUAUACUUCAAUUAAUCACAAUGCAAUCUUGGGAUCUUUUUUUUUUUUUUCUUUUUGUCUCCCAGGUGUCUAAUGAGCCAGGAAAUCGCUACAACAUCCAGCUUAUCAAUGCCCUAGUGUUGUAUGUAGGCACACAGGCUAUCGCUCACAUCCACAACAAGGGCAGCACCCCCUCCAUGAGCACGAUCACUCACUCUGCCCACAUGGACAUCUUCCAGAACCUGGCUGUGGACCUGGACACUGAGGGCCGUUACCUGUUCUUGAAUGCGAUCGCCAAUCAGCUGCGCUACCCCAACAGCCACACUCACUACUUCAGCUGCACCAUGCUCUAUCUAUUUGCUGAGGCCAACACCGAGGCCAUCCAGGAGCAGAUCACCAGGGUUCUGCUGGAGAGGCUGAUAGUGAACAGGCCUCACCCAUGGGGUCUCCUCAUCACCUUCAUCGAGCUGAUCAAGAAUCCUGCCUUCAAGUUCUGGAGCCACGACUUUGUGCACUGUGCCCCAGAGAUUGAAAAGCUGUUCCAGUCAGUAGCCCAGUGCUGUAUGGGACAGAAGCAGGCCCAGCAGGUGAUGGAAGGCACCGGUGCCAGCUAGCCUGUGUACCAGCCUGCUCAUAGCCCUCGGGAGAGAUGCCGCGGCCUUGACCCACUCGCCCACCACACACACACACCUCCCUCUUUACUGUCGGCACUGGAUAAACUGGCAACCACAGUCAUUUGAAAUGUGGAUGAAAGGACUACUGCUCACGGAUCUAAAGAUUUAGAUUUUUGUUAUUCCCUUUGGGGCUGAAUUGAGAGAGAGAAUGGAUUGGGACAUGCUGUUUAAUAUACUUUUUUGAUGCUUUGAUGUAAAUAUUGAAAAAAGGGAGAACGGGAGAGUAAAUAAGUGGAGAACAAUUCACAUGUCAAAUAAAAUGUCUCCUGACAUGGAAAAGACAUCUAAACAUAUUUUCACUCAUUACCAAAGUCCUUGGUUUGUUUCUCUCCCACACAAAUCCUUUUUUUCUGACUUUUUUUUUUUUUUGCUUUCAGAGGCUGAAUGGUAGAUGACUGAUUGGGAAAAAAAAAAAAAAAAAAAAAGCUGCCUGCUACUUUCAUUUGAUUCCUUUUUAUCCCUGAGUGGGACAGGAAGAUGUAGUUUAGUCUGCCAGGUGGGGUGGGGGUCUACUCCUGGUGUGUCGGUGUGUUGGUGGAGACAGUUUGCUGAUGGUUUGUCCAUUUGAACUGGCUCUGGAAGUCUCUCCCUGGCACUUGUAAAAUUGUGCAAAGUGAUGGUGACAUUGUAUCUUGACAAUUUGUACAAAGAUCGAAAUUGAAGAACAACAAUAGAAGGACCAAUACAGCCCAUUUUGUAACAUUUUGAAUGUUUUGUAAAUGUAUUGGUCCAUGUGUUGUAUUUUGUAGUCCUUUCUAGUUUGCCUUUAGUUCUUGCUACUUAACUGCAGGUUGCAUACAUACAGAAAAUAAAGCAUUCAAACUGCAACGCAUCUGUGUUCUUUGAGGACUACAAGAGUAAAAUGAUGGUGCUAAUAUACCAUUGGUAUCAAUAGUAUCAAAUGCUAUCUCUUUAGUAAACAUAAUUCAUAAAGUAAAUACUUGCCGUAUUAGUUUUCCAGACUCCUGGUGCAAGUCUCACUGUAAACUUAUACUGUAUAUUAAUGUUUAAACAUUUUCAUUGAGUGAAGGUUUUACAUCUUGUUUUUCAUCAUCAAAAACUGCAAUGUGUUUAAUUAGGAAUGUUAAAGGUUACUGUGUACAUCCAGAAAAAUGGAAGACCUGCCAGGGCUCCUAUGUUUACAAGACUAGAAAAUGUUACAACUCAAAUGCUAAUAACAGGUCUACAGUUUAGAAGCUAUAGAUUAUCCAAUGUUACAGCCAACAGCUACACUGGUUAAGUUUUACUCACAAAAACACUCAAUUUCUAUUGAUGUGCAAAAUUAUAUAGUCCAGACCAUAAUUAUUUGGAAAGAAACUUUUUCUGUUCUCUUUUUUCAGCACAUUCAAUUU